UUAAACAUGAUCCUAUGCUCAGGUGUUGGAGUCAAGGCACCCAACGGCAGUAUAUAAACAGUAGGUUUCCCUCUCAAGGACACCCUCCUACCUGCUACUGCUGCAAGUGCAACUUCACCUGGUCAUCACACGAUGGCAUCAAGUCUUCUUCUCAUUGUGGUCCUCUGUUUGACCAGUGGACUGUGGAUUGGAGCAAACGCAUCAUGUGAAGAUCACUGCUGCAAAAGUUGCCCUCCUGGUUGGGCUCACUUUGGUGAACGGUGUUUGCAGUUCCACCACACUGAAAAGACCUGGUCUCACGCCGAGCAUUUCUGCACCACUAUUGGUGGAAAUCUGGCAUCCAUUCACACCAAAGCUGAUUACGACUACCUCAGAAAUAUGAUUUUCAGACUGACUGGUGCACAUACAACCACUUGGCUUGGAGGCUACGAUGCAUCAGGCGAAGGUGUGUGGCUGAAUAGUGAUGGUUCACCAUUUACCUUCAAAGACUGGGGCACAGGGGAGCCCAACAACAGUGGUGGAAAAGAACACUGCAUGGAGAUUAACUUUGAAGGAAAGAAUGUUGUCAACGACAUGAGUUGCGAUCACAAGAGUUCUUUUGUCUGCGCCAGACAUGUAUAAUCACUCCACUCCAUGACACUUCACCGUGGUCACAUCCCCACUGACGAUUUCACUUGAGAGGAAGUCAGGCCUCCAUGACCUCACUGCUGGAAGAUCUUUUGACAGUUCUAAAUUGAUUUCAGCUUCAUCAAUAAACACAUACUGUAUAUCCUGUU